GUUACGUACGGAGUUCGUUUUCAAGUCAUAGAUUUGCUUAAUUUGGUCAUAGAUUUGCUUUGCAAAACAAUGAUAUUGAAAACAGAGAUGAAGGUCGACAUUCACUGCCAAAAGUGCAUUACUACGGUAUUCAUGUCUGCUACUAAGCUAAUAGGAAUUGAUGAGAUAUCUGUGGACAGUGAGAAGGGUAUUGUGACUGUAAUUGGAGAGGUUGAUCCAAGGAGAGUCGCAGAUCAGAUCAGCAAGACUGGAAAGAUAGUAAAUAUCAUCAGUGUUGGUCCACCAAAGAAACCAGAGCCUAAAACAGAAAAGAAGUGUCCAGAAGUAAUUUUUCCAUGGUCCUGGUGCCCGCCCCCUUGCCCGCCCCCUUGUCCGCCCCCUUGCCCGCCCCCUUGUCCGCCCCGUUGUUAAUUCCUCGAAGGCACUUGUUUGUGUAGGCGACGCUCAUGUUUGUUGAUGGUUGAUUUAACUCCGUCGUUCUAUUUGAUUGAGAGAGAGAGAGAGAGUGAGUGAGUGAGUGUGUUUGUGUUAUUUGUUCGUCGAUUAUGAAAUGCUAAGGCUUUGUUUGGGGAGACUUUUAGUGUGGGAUGAUUUGAUAUGAGUUUGUUGAACUACUUAAAGAAUAUGUCACCUGCUCUCGUCUUUUGAGUUAUUAAAAAAAGGAGCUCGUAUUUUAGUUU